UAUGUAGAUGGAAAAAAGCAAUUCAUUUAUCAUUGUAAAUCCCACGAAGAAGCACUUCAAUAUAUUAAAAAAUAUGAGUUAGCAACAACAACACGAUUUGUGGUGUUUAAGGCGAAUAAAAAUUUUGGAGCAACUGAGAUUCUUACCAAGACUCAUAAUGUACUUUGGGAUGAUUUUGCUAUUCCUUAUUCUGGGAUGCCUUUCAUAAUAGUUUCAAGUAAAGUUUUAGAUUGUCAUCAUGGGUUCGAUCGAAAUAUUUCAUUAAAAAAAAAAAUAUCAACAAAAGAAAAGAAAAAUUAACAUGGAUGACCACUGCUUUCAAAAAAACUACGUUAUUUUACAAGAUACCAAAAAGUUUAUGUGUCCUGCAAAAAUCAAUAUGAGAGAAAUAUUGCAAUUUCCUGAUUUUAAGAUAUCAGAGAGGUCUGUAUGGCGUCAAAAUAAAGCCUCAAAACUGUUGCGUGAAAAACUAAAAACCUCUGCAUUGAAUGAAAUAUUGCAUAUAAGAACAAUUGUAGUUACUAUUGAUGAUGUAUCAUGCCAUGAUAAACAUCUUGUUGGACCAGCUGAACUGAUAGCUCAAAGUAUUGAUCCUCUAAUUUCCAAAAAAAUAGAAGAUUAUGUUAUGGAAGGAGUAUUCAAUGUAAGAGAGAUGAAACGUCUUCUUCGGAUUGCUGUCAAUGACAUUUUUGAAAAAGAAAAUCUUCCUCCUCCAAAUAACAGAAGGUUCUUCCCUCGUGUUAAUACAAUAAGGUCACAUAUCGUUAAAAUCAAACAAAAGUUAAGAUAUUCUUUGAUUGAUCAAGAGUGUCUACUAAAAAAGUGUGACGACUGGAAAAAAUGCGAUCCUUCCAUAAACGUGUUUCUCCGACCGAAGUCCGAAACCAUAAGCAAUGUCAGUGAAACGUUUCUUUUUGUUUAUCAGUCACUCUAGCAACAAGAACUUCUUCUACGUUAUGGAAAUGAAAUAGUGCUUCUUGAUGCUACCUAUCGAACUACAAGGUAUUCUCUUCCUUUAUUUUUUUUAGUAGUGAAGACUAAUGUCGAUUACCAAGUUAUAGCUACUUUUGUAAUUGAAAACGAAACAAAGAAGUCUAUCACAGAAGCAUUAAAUAUAAUAAAGCAUUGGAACACAUCAUUUAACCCUGCUUUUUGUAUGACUGAUUAUUGCAAUGAAGAAAUAGAAUCCUUGCAAUCUAUUUUUCCAGCUUGUCGAGUUAUCAUAUGCGAUUUUCAUAGAGAGCAGGCAUGGGAUCGCUGGCUUUCCAAAAUCAAAAAUGGCUGUUCUGAAUUUAAAGGCAGCAUAAUUUCAUUGUUGCGUUGUGUUGCCACAGCACAAACUGAAGAUCAGGCAAAAGCUGCUAUUGAGUCACUACAUUCCUCAAACUUUUGGGUAGAAGAAAAAUUUGAUAAAUUUAAGAAAUAUAUUACAAAUUAUUGGUUAAGUAUUAAAGAAAAAUGGAUAUGGGCUUAUCGCCGUGAUCGAUUGUUAGUAAAUUUAAAUACUAACAAUGGGAUUGAACGACAAAACGAAUCAUUCAAAUACUCUUUUCUUCAACGACAUAAAAACUCUUCUAUUACUGGCAUGCUAACUGUGUUAAUUGAAGAAUUCUUUCCAGAUAAAUUAGAGCAUUAUUCAGAGUCCAAUUUCAAAAUGAAUUGUCAAUACAGACGUUAUAGUAACAACAUCCCUGAAUACUUACAUAAUAGGCCACAUCAUUUUGUUAAGCAUUGUUUGCAGAAAAUUGAUUUGGCUAACAAAACUGACUUAGAUGUAGUAUUAUUAAACGAUCAUGGAUUGUUUAAAGUCAAUAGCUUUUCAGAUAAAAAUAAAAACUACAUUGUUUAUUUUGGAGAUAAAGAUACAAUGCCAAAAUGUACCUGUGUUGCCUGGUCGCAAUCAGCCUACCUGUGCAAGCAUUUUUUCCUAAUAUUUAGAAAAUAUCCACAGGCUUGGUCUUGGCAAUCAUUAUCAACUUUAUAUUGGGAAUCCCCUUUUCUUAAUAUUGACAUUAAAAAUGACUUGAUAUUAAAGGAAUCAUUCAUAUACAAAUGCAAUCAUGUAAAAAAUAAUAUUAAUGAAAAUUAUAUUACUGACAAUAAUACUAACUCUAUCCUUUCAACCCCUGAUACAGUAUCUUUAAAACCUUCUGAUGAAAUUAAUUGUAAAAGGGCUUUUGCUGUUUCAGAAGUACGUGAAAUGCUAGCAACAAUUAAAACUCUGACAUAUGAUUUUGAUGAAGCAUCUGAAGAAAUUAGCGAUUUACAUAAAAAACUAUCAGAUAUUCUUGAAACUCUAUAUCGAGCAAGAAAAAAAGAAAAAGCUCUACCUGUUAGGGAUAAAAAAGCCAAUGACUACAUACCCAAUAAUCUAUCAAAAGUAGUUGAAAUACCUAGUCUUAAAAAAAAAAGUUUCUCACAGGUUAGGAAAAAAAAAGAUUUAUUGCUCUCAUCAUGUAGCAUCAAAGCUGAUUGUGCUGUUCAAGAACCACAAAUACAAGAGUUUGUUAUUACUGAUGAUAUAAUAGCAGGGCAAUCAACUUUUAUAACUGAUUUGUUAGAUUCAACAAUUACAGAGUCCUUUUUAACUGAUGGUGAUAAACAGAAGGUAACAUCAAUUCCUAUGUCUAUAGCUAAAGAUUUAGAAGAUUUAUCAAAUAUUGAAAAUGUUUUAUCUGGUGAUGAUAACAUAAAAGUUACUUUAAGUCAUACACUAGGAAUUAUAGAUAUAGAAGAUAUUUUAAGUAACAGAAUGUUGUCUGAUAGUGUUAUUCAAUAUUUUCAAAAUUUGAUUAAAAAAGUUCAUCCAUCUGCAAAUGGGUUGCAAGAUCCAAUACUUGGACAAAAACUUUUUUUUAAGGUUCAAGGUUCUCAACCAUUUGUUCAGGUUUUGUUUAAUGGACAUCAUCACUGGCUUGCUGUUAGCACGUAUGGUUGCAAAUAUGGAGAAGUGUAUGUACUUGACAGCAAUUUUCAAGGAUCUUUAUCAUUAGAUACUCAGAGGCAAAUAUGUUAUCUUUUAAGUUAUAACAAGUCAGCAAUUAAAGUAAAUGUAUUACCAGUUCAUCAACAAGAAGGAAAUGUUGAUUGUGGUUUGUUUUCAUUAGCUUUUGUAGAGUAUAUUUUAUCGAACAAUAAAAAUCCAGUCGAUGAUGUUUGGUUCAACCAAAGAAAAUUUAGAUCUCAUGUUCUUGAAUGCCUGCAAAAAAAUGUAAUGAGACCUUUUCCACUUUCAAAUUCUGCAAAACAUACAUGUAAUGCAAAACAAUUUUCUUUAAAGCUAUACUGUUCUUGUAGAAUGGUUUGGACACCAUCAGAUGGCACAAUAUAUGGAAAGCAAAUGGCUCAAUGUUGGAAUUGUCGAAAUUGGUUUCAUCGAGAUUGUGAAAAAAUUCAGCAGAGUUGUUUUGAUAACAAAAAUGAAAUUUGGAAAUGUCAUGAUUGCUACAGAGAAUUUGCAAAUAACUAAUGACUUGCAAAGAAAUCAAAGGCCAUUUUCCAGUUCUGGGGGAGAAAAAUAAACAAAUGAUAAAUGAUGCUACUUCAAAAAACGGUUAUUUUCAUAGCCACA